AUGAGCAAACAUAUUUUGCUUUGGGUCUUGCUAGAAAUUUGUAGAGGUUUGAUGAUUAGGGAAGGGGAAGAAAGAGUCUGGGCCUCCUGUAAUCUCACUCACACGACGAAGCAUAACAUAGAUACUCCAGAUCCCCUGGAGUUUGCACACUUGUAUAUCCCAAACAACGACUAUCGGGGAAAAAUCCUCCUCAUCACGCCCCAGCAGCCGCAACUGGCGACACUACGGACGUCGGGGAUCGAGGGACGAUCUCCGGCCACCGUAAGCACGGGCCUGCGGUCGGCGAGUUACCAAAUGUCACGCAAGUCGUGCGUGGCGGGGGGCGCGCGCGGCGCAUGCAUGUGGGUGCAGGAGUGCAACAGAGUUGGGGGGACGCACGCUGGAGUUUGCGUCGAUGGUUUCAUGUUCGGUUCCUGCUGUCGACUGCCAGACAAACCUGUGCAAGUGGAAGAAGCGGCACCUCCAGUCACAGUAACUGAGAAGACGUACUCAACGCCAUCUAGUACGGUGCACACUACAACACAACCUCCAGAGACAUCAACACAAACCAUUUCGCGGCCGAACUGGCAAACACAGCGGCCGUCGUUCAUGACCAAACCAAUAGAUGGCGCACCCACGUCGUACAGCUACCGCCCGCCAGAAAUAAACUUACCUUCAUUAGGAAAUUUAGAUUCAAGUAGCGAACAAAAUAGUGAUAUAGUUAAUAAAAUACCUUAUAACAGUGUAAAUAAAUACCAAAAUGUAAAUAGGCCGAACAGUGAAGCGGAAACUAGUCCCCACAAUAAGAUUUCGUCUAGUCUUAGUAUAUUACCUGGAGCGCGGCCGAUGGCCGUGUCGGAACAACAUUCUGAUAACAGCAUCAACUCAGGUCAAUUCAUCUCAAGGCCAAGCAAUCUGAACACAAUCCACUGGCAGGCGACAACAGAACCAACGUUUAUCACGAAGCCUCGACCUUCUUGGGAGAAGCCAGCAGGCAAACCAAAGCCUACAAAGAAGUUCACAACAACGACAAGUAAACCACACAAGAACUACAACAAGCCGAAAGACCCAGCGUCCAACAUGAUUAACAGGACUGAAGAAUCCACUUCAGCGCCAAUUCAGACUACGGCAGCUACUAAUACUGUUGAAUGUGGUCUAACAGCCAUGUGGCCACGUCCAGAGUCGAGGAUCAUGGGUGGUAAGGACUCCAGCUUCGGUCGCUGGCCGUGGCAGGUGUCUGUGAGAAGAACCUCCUACUUUGGCUUCUCAUCAACGCAUCGAUGUGGAGGCGCCAUCAUCAACGAAGGCUGGAUUGCUACUGCUGGUCACUGUGUUGAUGAUCUCCUGACAUCACAAAUAAGGAUCCGAGUUGGUGAAUAUGACUUCUCCUCUGUAUCAGAAGAAUACCCAUUUGUAGAAAGUGGUGUAGCAAGGAAAGCAGUACAUCCAAAAUAUAAUUACUAUACUUAUGAGUAUGAUUUGGCUUUGGUGAAGUUGGAAGCUCCAGUUCAGUUUGCCCCUCAUAUAUCUCCAAUAUGUCUGCCAGCGACAGAUGACCUGUUAGUAGGAGAAAACGCUACAGUUACUGGAUGGGGAAGAUUAUCUGAAGGUGGUGUGCUGCCGUCGGUUCUUCAAGAGGUGCAAGUACCUAUAGUAUCGAACGAGCGAUGUAAAUCGAUGUUCCUGAGAGCUGGAAGGCACGAGUUUAUUCCAGACAUCUUUUUGUGUGCUGGCCACGAGAGGGGAGGUCACGACUCUUGUCAGGGAGACUCUGGAGGACCAUUGCAGGUCAAAGGCAAAGAUCAGAAAUAUUUCCUAGCCGGAAUCAUCAGUUGGGGUAUCGGUUGCGGCGAAGCGAACUUACCAGGAGUUUGCACCAGGAUAUCGAAGUUCGUCCCAUGGAUUCUACAAACGGUUAACUCUUAGACCGAAGCACUUGGUGCUGCAAAGUGGAAGGUGGAAAGUGACAUAGUGAUGUACAGUGAAACAAAGACACGAAACGAAUUUGUGACAAGUGCAGAAUAAGUUACCUUCAAAAAUGUUGAUUUGAUUCAACGUUUUCUGAGGCGUUUAGUUAUGAAUAUCUCGCCAGGAGCUUGCAGAACUCGCGAUGGCGAGAUUCUGCAUCAACACCUUCACCGGAGCUCUAACCUGGUGAUAUUUUUAAGCUUCACAAUAAACGCCCUGAUGACUGCUUUGAGGUUGUAGAACCCAUCAUGUGUAUAUAAUGACGGUGAUCUUACUGCAUAUUCAAUGAUUCCAGAAUCAACGGAAGUAUGGAAUGUGUUAAGUCCAAUUAUGAAUGUUCCAAACGGAAAUUCACUUAGGUAGCGACCAAACGCAGGUAAUUCGACGUUCCGUGAUGAGCCUUAGGCAAAUUGGAAUGGUAAAUGUUGCCGUUCUGUGUCGAAGUAACUAUUCCUGCCUUUCCGGCC